AUGCCCGGUCUUGAGGAUAUCACCUAUUCCCGCGAGGAAACCACCGCCGCCAUCAGUGGCUACUACGAAUUCCUCAUCCGCAUGUACCUCAAAGAUUCGCAAGUCGUUCGCCCGCCCGCAGGUGGUUGGCCGUCCAUAGUGAACGCAGACCCCGAAGUCGUGCAAUCCCUGGGCAAAACCGACGAGGUGCUGGCGCUGCUCGCCCACCUACCCUACAUCCGCUCUCCCGGCAACUGGAACGAUGACGCGGAGGCGGCCCCGGGCUGCCGGUUUGCGGAGUGGCCGCGCCUGCUCACGACCCUCAGCUCGAGCAAUGCUAUCACCGGCGAAGACAUGCGCGCCGCGACCGAGGGCUUCACGUUUGCUCGGCUGGCGCCGCCCCACGUCGUCGGCCUCACCCGUGGCGACCGCGAGAACCCCAUCAUGGUGUUGGACACGAAGCUGGGCAUCAUUCACUGGGAGGACUGUAUCUCCAGCAUUGAGCGCGCCCACUACGGAGAAUCAGUCGAUUACGAGCCGGAUGACGAUGUUCCCGAAGAGGAGGCUAAUUGGCGUUACAGCGCAAGGGCGUGGGCCAUCCCUGAUUUCUUCGAGAUCCUCAAGCAGCAGUUCAGGACGCUGGACUGGAUCCCCAUCAGUCACCACACCGUAUUGAGCGCUUCGGAUAGCGAGGGCACGGAUGAAGGGGGCAUGGUGGCCAUGGUCCAAGACAUCUAUCGCGAGCAUGGCUGGCCCGAUCUGACCGUCUAUCGCAAAGCCGCUUGCUUAGAGGCGGUGAGGAUCGCCAUGGCCGAGAGAUAUCCCAAUUCAGCCUGUGGCCGGGGAUAA